AUGACUUCAGUCAAAAAGAUCGAAAAGAUAACCAAAUCAGCAAAGAGAUUAGACUGUGCUGUAUUACUAAAGACUGGAAGACCACCUGGAGUCAUGCUUGCAGAGGGAGAAAUUGAGAACGCGGAUGAAUGGUUGGAGGUUGUUAAGAAUUUGAGGUAUAAGAAUUUCGAGCUGAUGAAGAAAGAAGGGGUGGAAGGGAGGAGGCUGGAUGUUCCAGCGGGGAAGGUUAAGCAAUUGGAGAGUUUAAAGGAUUAUGGGUUGGAGGUGGGGAAGGAUGAGGUUUUGAGGAAGUGGUGGAGGUUACAUAUGGGGUGUGGUCUCGGAUAUUCCGAAGAGAAAGUAUUAAACAAUACAAUCUCGAAUAUAAGUUUCAUCAUGGAUACCAGCGACUCUGCUCCGACGACAGCAUGGCCGACGUUUAAUGACACAUCAUCGGACUCUCCAACCAACCCAGAAAUACCCAUCACCGCCGUAUCUCUGCACGUCCUCCUUGCAUCCUUCUUUCCCUCUGACGCACCUCCGAUAGCAGCAACCCAAUCUUCAUCAUCCGCUUACACCCCCAUCCCCGUUUCAGACCAGACAUCUCAAAUACCAGGACACUCAAGCCAGCAGAGACGAGAAUCCUCCAAGUAUUCUGAAUAUGAGAAUGAAAUACCUGUGCCCUUAUCUGCACGCUUUGUGCGCGAUAUGCAAAGCAUUGUUAAUUCUCCAACUUCGGUAUAUCAUGAUAGCAAUCUACCCGACUCCCUUCGCUUUUCUCGAAAGUCUAUUCCUCCAACUGUGGAACAUCAGAAGAAUGUACAUCUUAGACCUUCCCACUCACUUCGAAAUCAAAUUCGUCUUUCAGAUCUAACUCAAUCUCCUGUGGGUAAAGGCACACCUGAACUUUUCCCGGGAUACAUAGAAGAUUUACGCCCAGAUACAUCCUCAGCGCCUCAUGGCUCAUCGAAUUUAACACCUCCAACUCGAACCACAAGAUCAUCAUCGAUCGUCUCCGGUCUUCAACAAGGGAUUUACAGACCCUCAUCCAAACCCUCCCAUAGCCUAAACAAUCGAGACAAUUUCUAUGCAAGUCAAAAAGACGAUAGUAAAUUCAGCAGACACCACCCCUCAAAUCCAUCCUACAUCCGUCGACGAAGAGCCGUGUCACUAGGUCGAACCUCCUUCCCAACAGAUCCAGAGGUCGCCAAAAUCUGGGACGAACGAAUCAAUGCCGGUCAACAGCCCUUCACACCGACCGAUAAAAUCCCCACAUACCAAGAAUUCCGACGAACAACCCAACCAGUCGAUUCUCCCCGUCCAGAUCAAUUCCCACUCCCCUCCUCUGCAUUUUCUCAAGGCCAACCCUUCACACCCGAACUUCGAUCCCCCCACGCACCAGACUUGAGAUUUGACCCAAAGUUAGUUUUGAAAAUUUAUGAAGAGAGGUGGAAGAUAUCAGAAGGCUAUGAAGAUUUACAAGCGUAUUUUUGUGAUCCGAAAGAGGGGGUGUUUGAUGCGACCUGCUAUGCUCAAAAUCGAUCGCGCCAAUCCAGAAACCGCAGCAGAAAUCAAGGGUGUAUACCGGGUUGGUAUACGUAUCGAGAAUCUCCUAGGUUCAAACCGGUUUGUUUGACGGGUAAUACUGGUAUGGAUGCGGGGAUUGGUAAUCGUGGGUCUCCUUCGAUACCGCUUUAUGUUUCGAGUCGGACUUCACCUUCGUUGCGUCGAGAGGGUGGUGGAUAUGGUGGUGGGUUUGGUGGUAGGUAUGGUUGUAAUUCUGGUUUUGGGUUGAUGGAUGAUGAGGUGGAGAGAGAGAGAGAGAGAGAUAGGGAGAGAGCGAGGAUUAGGAGGAGGGAUGAAGAGGUGGAGAGACGUGCGGGGGAAGGUGGGAGAGGGAUGAAUGGUAGGCGUGGGGUAAUGGGUGGUGAGAAUCGAGAGAGGGAACGGGAGAGGGAAAGAGAAAGGGAAAGGGAGAGGGAAAGAGAAAUAGAGAUGCAGAGAACCAUCGAAGGAGUUCUGGAGAUGCGAGAGCUCAUAUUUCAAGAACAGGAAAGGUUUGAAAAUGAACGGAGGUGUAUUGAGAGAGAGUGGCAGUUAUUGGAGGAGGAUAGGGAUAGGGAGAGGGAGAGGGAUAAGGAGAGGGAGAGGGAGAGGAAGAGAAGGGAACGGGGCUUUAACUUGAAUGAUAUGAAUGGUGAUGGGGAUGAUGUUGGAGAUAGUGAUAGGAGUAGUAGGAGUAGUAGAAGUGGUAGGAGUGGUAGGAGUGGUAGGAGUGGUAGGAGUGGUAGGAGUGGAAGGAGUGGCAGUGAUCGCAGUAGUAGGAGAUAUGCAAAGUAG